AUGUCUUCAGAUACGAUAUCAUCGGUUUCUAAGGGAUGCUUUGCGUACAAGGGAAAAGUUGCAAGAGCAAAUCGGGAAGAUUACAUAAAUGUAUCUAAUGACAAAUUCAUCAAGAGCCGCUUUAAGCUGUGUAACCAGCUGCAGGAAGAUCUGCACAUCAGGAUAGGUAUUUUGAGGUCUGAUCUGAACUCAAAGAUAUUUGAUGAUUUGGUGGCAUUCGCUGCCUCCUACAAUGCCACAGAGGAUAAGUACAAAGGCAGGUCCAUCGAAGAAAUUCUCACAGCAGUCCUCAUCACUGGUGUCAACACCCCGGACCAUGAUAUCAUGUUUUCUAAUUUAGACAGCAUGCUGAAGGUCAAGGUGACCCCCUUGGUAGCUCGUAUCAAGUCAACAGAUUGUUCUCGUGUUGCUACAUUAAUCAAAAAUAUUUUCCAGCAGUUGGCAAAUGUUUCCAUGCCUAUGGAUGAUGAAGAUGAUAAUGGAGAAAAUAGUAUUGAAGAUUGUCCCGACGGAGAUAAGAAUGAUCUUGAAAGUAGUCCCGUGAAAUUGAAAUGGACUGAUUAA